ACAAGCAUUCUUAUAACUUUACACGGUGUUGGUAUGCAAGUGAGUAAGCGAUGAGUCGACGCGACAGCGGAGCCUCCUCCAUAGCCAGCCGGCGCAGCCGGAGGUCCAACACGGGAGGCGAGGGCGACAGUCAGCGGAGCAAAGAGGCAAAAUUCUUUGAGGAAUGCCAAGCAGCUUACGUGGCGGUGCUGGACGACACGCACGACGCUAUCACAUCCAGAAGCCAACUCUCAUCAGUUCUGCAUCAAUCGGGUAGAAACCCCUCCCAGAAGACAUUGGAUAAAUACUGGACUGCCAAAACAAAGAAGCUGACGUACGAUGAGUUCUGUGACAUCAUGCGCAAGGAGAAACCCACCACUACCAGUGACCUCCUGAACGCCUUCAAGAAGAUUGACAUCAAUGGCGACGGUUUCAUCACCCAUGACGAGCUAUCAAGGGUACUAACUCAGCGAGGGGAGAAGAUGACAUCGAAAGAGGUGGAGACCAUGAUAGCCGAGGCAGACGAUGACGGGGACAGGAAACUCAACUACAAUGAGUUUUGCAAGAUGCUCAUGUCCACGGCCAGCAAGUGUCGCCAGCUGUCCAAGGAGAAGAUUGACAAAAAGAUGAAAACCGAGAGGAAAACCAAGGAGAAAGCACAGCCAGCCUCAAAAUUAGGUAAAGAUACAAGCCCCACCCCUCAUCCCCGGAAACGGGCCUCCAUCAACAAGACCCUCCCCCCGGUCGCCAAGGUAGCGCCCAAGGCGACGGAGCCCAGGAACCUGAAGUCGUGGAACCAGACCCACCGCAAGGGGUGCUGUCUAUUUGAACACGGCAAGCUAGUGUCCCACCAGUACGCGCUGGAGGUCUCCACGUCCACUGCCUUGUGGCUGACGGUCAAGCCUAUGAACUUACACCCAGAAACAGCUACUGACGGGCCUCUUCCAGAUAUUCGCGUUUACCUGGUGCGGCAAAGAGACGACGGAACGCUGGGUGACCUGGUCGCCUUUACAAACCUGAAAAGCCAACAGAAAUACUGUCUUAACCAAGAUCUGAGGGCCGGCACCUACCGCCUGUUGCCAAUGACGACGGGCUGUCGUUUCAAACCCAGAGAGAGGCAGCCUAAGAGCAAAGCGCAACUCACCAAGAAGGAUGGAGAGGAUUACGCCAUCUUAAAGCCGUUCAGGAAUGCGUUAGCUGACAUCUUUGAGCUGGUAGACCUUGACGGUAACGGCACCUUGAGCAGAGAAGAGUUCAACAUAUUCCAGCUCAGGACCAGCGGGGAAUCGGUCGACGACGAUGCUUGGGAAGUUGUGGAAGAAAACUUUGAGCUGAAGAAGGGCGAGCUGACGCGGAAGGGUUUCAUGGACCUGAAUCAGAUGGAAGCGAAUGACCUUGAGGGGGAUACGGACGACCUGUGGGAGACCCUGCACUCCAUGGGAUUCGCAGACGAUCUCAAGCUAGAUGAGGCUCUCCCCUUCGUCAUCGACGUCUUCACAGACAAGUGUAAGAGUCACAUCAAGGCCCUCCCACUGCAGAGCGGUGGCUCCGCCCUGGAGAUGGCAGUCUGUGACUCUGUCAUGAGGAGUAGCGAAGACAGGAUCAAGAUCAAGGAGGCAGACGAUGCUGUCAUGCACUGCCUUGCGGGAGAUGCUAUAUUCACUGUCGUAGUGGAAAACAAGUCGUCUAGCAAGUUUUCACUAAGGAUGGACUGUGGAAAGAGUAGCAACUGCUCAAGCAGCAGACCAGACCUGGACCAUACCUUGGUCAUCCCAUCAAGAGCAGCUGUGGUUGGCCAUCAUUUGAUGCCGGUCAAAGAAUCUGAAGACUGGACAGUCAAGUGCACGGAGACCGUCAUCACAUGAUCAUACACCUCACAGUCAGACCCAGAAAAACGUAUUUGUGAGUCCGUGAUCAAAAAUUGUAACCUCCAUUUUAUUCUGAUAUUUGUUUUUUAAUGUUAGGUAAUGUUUUCAGUAUCUGGAUAUGUAUUCAAAUAAAAUGGAUACUUUAGUUCUCUGGGACAUGUUUAUGGCAGCCUCGUUCCCAGGGGUACGAUCUUUGCUGCGCCAUGUUAGUUCCCACCAUGCCCUGCGCGAUUUUAACCCCUGAAAUUGUGUCGUUAAAAUCUCUCACUAUUUGGGAGAUUUAAAGUAGGACUGCAGAUGCAGUGUUUUAAAUAUUGAGCGUUUUAUUGGAGAAUCAGUCCUUUCAAACAUGAGAUUUCGGCAGCGCAUUAUAGAGCAAGGAUUUAUAUUUAAUGUACGUUCCUCGUAUGUACGUCAUCCCUUUACAACACAAGAUACAGUUUUUUUUGACGAAAAACGUGGCUUCUAGCAGGCUUUGUGUAGGCUUGAAAAUAUGUUUAUACGUACGUCUAAACAUAAAUGUCUUUUCAUUGUUGUGUCAGUAUAUGGCAGUUAGCCAGUUAGCAAUUUUUUCUCAAAAAUUUUUGCAAUGAGCAAAUUGUUGGUUUCACAAUUGGAACAGAAAACCUUGAACUGUACAAUGCCUUCCUGAAAUGACAUCACAACAGCACUCUCUUUUAAAUAUUUAAAGUGAACUUUCAAUAAAAUGAAGCAAAAAGGAAUGUCAAAUAGUUUUCAUACAUUUAAGAGGAGUAAGAAGGUUGCACAAAAUGGGUUCCACAGAAAAUUUCAUCUCAUGGCCCCUUCAACAGAUGUACAGAUAGCAGUGCAGAUAAUUUAUAUGAAGUUGUUAAUUGCCACUGGCUCCAUGAUAAAGUACGCGUUUGUGGAACCUAAAUUCCUUCAGUGUUAUUUGAAUCCUGUACCGUAUUCAUUAGUUUUGCCCGUCCGUCCAUAGAGUUCUAGAUGUACCAGUAUAUGUGAUGCUAUCAAGCUACAUGAGUCGUUUGUCGGGAAUUUUCAUUUGGAGAUACAGGCCAAAAUAGGGCCACUUCAUCACA